AUGGGUGGAUGGUGGAUGGGUGGAUGGACGGCGGCACUCCUGGAUGGAUUCGUGGGUGGAUUCAUGGAUGGGCUGCUCUCCGCUAGCCACCCUCCGCGGCCCAGUCGUAGCCCAGUCGUGGUGCGCGCGACAGCAGGUCAUACUGUACGCGGGCGAGCGCUGGCUGCCGUGGACGUAGUCAUGCUUAGCGCAGUGCGCAGGCCCGCGCCCGGAUGCGGCCAGCAAGAGUCACGAAGAAGGGCUCAGACAGGCCAUGAUUGCGCUGCGCUCGUUUGCGGCGGCGGAUUGGCCGUCACCUCAGCCCUCGACCACCGGCGAGCGUGUGCUGCGACGCGGUCCGCCGUCAUGGGAUUUGAUUAUUCACGCCGGCGACCGCCAUCUGACCCGCAACGCUGCAACCCAGUCGCGUCGCCCAAGGCCUGCUAUUUCGCCGUGCUUGCCCCGAUGCGUGCGCGCUGCCCUAGCCUACUGCGCCGCCGCGGCCAGCAUCGCCAACCUCCAGCAUGGUCCGCCUCAGCAGCCCGCAGCGCCGCUGAUUGGGCCGCCGCCGCUCAGCAGGAGAGGCGAUGCAGCCCGCCCACCGCCCGCCUGCGCGACCACGAGCAAGAUCCCUUACGCAGCGACCGUCAGGGCACGCUGAGCACACUCAUACGACGCAAAAGACUGCUUGCGACGGCGCGCUGCCACCCAGAUCCCGCGGCGCCGGCCCAGCCUGUAUCUAACUUUUACACUAGCUCUCCGUAA